AUGUUACUGGAAUAUGUGAUUGGCGGUGAACUUUUCUCGCAUCUACGAAAAGCGGGACGUUUUAGUAAUGAUGUGACCCGAUUUUAUGCCGCAGAAAUUAUUCUAGCAAUUGAAUACUUGCACUCUAAAGAUAUUAUUUACCGUGAUCUGAAGCCAGAAAAUCUAUUAUUGGAUUCAAAGGGCCAUGUGAAGAUUACCGAUUUUGGAUUCGCAAAAAAAGUGGAAGAUCGAACUUGGACACUUUGUGGCACACCAGAAUAUUUGGCACCAGAAAUCAUUCAAAGCAAAGGUCAUGGAAAAGCCGUGGAUUGGUGGGCAUUAGGAAUUUUAAUAUUCGAAAUGCUGGCUGGAUAUCCGCCAUUUUUCGACGACAAUCCAUUCGGCAUUUAUGAAAAAAUCCUAGCCGGAAAAAUACAAUUCCCCGCCCAUUUUGAUCCACAUGCCAAAGACCUCAUAAAACGUCUACUGACUUCUGAUCGCACAAAACGAUUGGGUAAUCUUCGAGGUGCGAGUGAAGACGUGAAAAAUCACAAGUGGUUCCGCAAUGUGGAUUGGCAAGGUCUCUACGACAGACGAACAGCAGCACCGAUCGUGCCACCAUUUCAGCAUUCUGGAGAUACGAGUAACUUUGAAAAAUAUCAAGAACCGAGCGAAGAAGAAAAUAUCAUGGGCAAACCUGGGUCCGGUGUAGAUCCAUUCCGGCAUUUGUUUACGAGUUUUUGA